AUGAUGUCCGAUUGGACUACGACUAAUCGUUCGGAUUUCACGUGGCCUUACCUGGCAGAGAGACAACGAAUAAUAGACUGGGAUAGUUACGAAUACAAAGAACAAAUAUGUAAAAAUGCAGAACUUUCGGAUUGUUCACAGCCGUCAAAACAAUCGUCCUGUGAUGUCGAAACGUUACAGCAGACGCGCUCACAAAAGUUCCCUUUUGAUUUCGAUUAUCGUCCGAAACCUAUUGUGGAAUCCGGGCAAUCUAUCAACCGUUACCCGAUUGAAAAAAUGAUCGAAUACAAUAAGAAAAAAGCGGAUGCGAAAAUCCGUAGCGUGCGCACAAGGCCCAGAGUGUAUAUGUCUCCUCAGAUCAGUCUCGAUGAGUUAACGGACGAAUAUCGUGAAGUGAUGUGUGACGACAUGUACACCUCUUCGAAAACAAUCGGCGAACUCACUUCUGGCAUACUGCAGACUCGUCCAAUAUCCGUUAACGAUCAAGAACCAUCGUCAAAACCGUCCGCGGAUUUGGUCAUAUGUCGACGCCAGCCGCUAUACAAGACUAUAAAACCUGCAAAAAAUUGGCGACGUAUCAGCAUCGAAUGGGAUAAAUCACAGAAACGUAUUUUUGGUGGUCGGUCUGUAGACUGA